GUGCCCCACUUUAGGCACGUGAUUCUUUCCUGCCUCGCUGGUCACCAGGCUCCUCGAGAUCAGCGCAAACUUCCUUCUGCUCAUGUCACAUGACUCAGCUGUGUUGUUGGAGGAAGCAGGUUGGGUUGAGACAGCAGCCGCGAUGAAAACGUCCACAAACUGAGGAGACCUGAAGUUUUGGACAACAGAGACACUGGACACUGAGAUGCUGGGAUCACCCGUCGCAGAAAACACAAGACAUAAAGCACAUGGAAGUAGUUAAAGUAAUUCCAGCAAAGCAGGACAGAUGAAGUGCUUACUGAUAUCCAGUGAGAGCGCCGAGGUCCUCUUCCACUGGACCGACCCAGAAUUUCAGCAGAAUGUCCAGGAGCAGUACGGGGCGUCCCAAGAGGAUGGCCAGGGGCUUCCAGCCUUCGAGGACAGCAUCAGCACUCUGUUUGCUCCCAUCAUCAUCUCCUGCAGCACCAUGGUGGACAGGCUGGGGGACAGCUACACCUCCUUCACCACAGAAAACAACCAUAUCUACGUCCUACACCAGUUCGACGAGUGUCUCUACAUUGCUGUGAAUGGAGACGGGGAAGAGGACGAGGGAGAUCUGAGGAGGAAGAUCUACGUGAUGAAGAAGAUGAUUGAGGUUAUGUUUGGCAUGGUCACCCUCAGCAGUAGCCUCCUCAGGAAAGAACUGCGUCCUCAGGACACGGAGCAGAGAGCGAGGCUGUGGAAGCAUCUCCAGAGUCUGCUGGAGACAUACAGCCACCUCAGAGAGAACGACCAGAGCUUCUUAGUGGAGGCGGUGGAGAGGCUGAUCCACCCCACGCUAUGUGAGCAGUGCAUUGAGUUCCUGGAGCGCCGUUUAGUUCAGCAGCUCAACAGCAGUGUGGAGAGAGCAGGAGAGGAAGUGCUGCACGCCUUCAUCCUGGUUCACACCAAACUGCUCGCCUUCUACUCCAGCCGCAAUGCGAGCACGCUCUCCACCUCAGACCUCCUCGCCCUCAUCAUCAUGGCACAGAAUAUGUAUCCUAGCAACAUAGACCUGGAUGAUUCUAAUCCUGAGGAUAUUGAUAGUACAUCCGGUUCUGGUCCUGAAAGUUUUUACACUCCAGAGCCCUCCCCUAGAGACGGGGACUCAAGCAGUUCAGCAGACAUGCCAGUGAGAGGGAGCACUCCUGUGUUUGAGUUUGUGGACCCAGACGUCCAGAUGGCAGAGGACAGCUUGCACACUCUGGAUGUUCCUCCACCUGACCCUUCGACCCCUCGCAGAGUCUUCUUAGAGGUCUCACUCAAAGAUGGGCUGUAUCCCAUGAUGCCUCACUCCAUGUACUGUCUGCCUUUGUGGCCGGGCAUCACACUUGUACUGCUAACUAAGAUUCCCACCAGUGCAGUGGCCAUGUCAGUGUAUACAUUUUUGGAGGCCUUCGCCAAACUGGAGAAGCGUUUAAGUGAAGGCAUGGAAGGAUCUGCUGCUACUAGAGGCCAGCCGACUAUACACGACGUCCGCAACAAACUGGAUAAAUUCAUUAAAGCCUUAGGGCCUAGUGAGAUGAAGUGUACACAGUUACAACAUGUCUGGACAGAGUUCAAGAGCCGAAUCGCCCGAGGAGGUUCUGGAUUCAACAGAGACCUCAUCCAAAGUUGUAAGAAUAUGAAGACCCAGCUGUGUGGAAUAUACCGGCAGUGUUUUCUCAUUGAAUCUGGACCAGCCGACAUUCCUCGACGUCUCUCGCCUGGUCUGCAGGAACGAGCCCAGACCAUGGUGCAAGACAAACUGAUGGACUGGAAGGACUUCUUACUGGUGAAAAGCAAGAGGAAUAUAACCAUGGUGUCAUAUCCUGUUAGCAAACUAAUCCUGCUCCCUGUGAUGUCAAGUUUUAAUCUCACUUACCUGGAGGAUUUCCCAGGCCUCAUCCACUUUAUCUGCGUGGACCGAUCCACCGGCCAAAUGAUUGCGCCGUCACUCAACAUCACUGAACGCAACACGUCGGAGCUGGGGAAGGGACCACUGGCUCACUUCAUCAAAAGCAAGGUGUGGAGCCUGGUCAGCACAACGCGCCGCUAUCUCCAGAAGGGUUACUCCACGGUCACAUUGCGCGACGGAGACUUCUACUUCUGCUACUUCCUCUGGUUUGAAAAUGAAACUGGCUACAAGUUAGAGGCAGGGGACAUACCCGUUCUACCUGAUGACUCUGCCCCCAUUGGGAUGCUUGCCUGGGAUUACUACAGGAAGCUGCUGCGGUACUACAGCAAGAAUCACCAGGGUGAGGUGGUGAAGUGUUACGAGCUGCUGACAGUUCACCUGGGGGUCAUCCCCACUGAGGUCAUCCUCCAGCACUGCAGACAGCUGGCAAGCAAACUGUGGGAGCCUUCCCGCAAUCCUCUGCUGUAGACACGCCCGCACACUUGAACAGAGUCACAGUAGCCAAGGUUUGUUGAAUUGCCAAGAACUGGAAAAAAAACAUUCCCUCACUCUCUCUCU